CAAGUAUAGAGCAUCAGAGCGCUGCUAUGCUGAGUAUUUUAGAACGAUAUAAAUGGCAUCAAUUUUCUGUUGUUACAUCACAAAUUGCUGGUCAUGAUGAUUUUGUUCAAGCUGUCCGUGAGCAAGUUGGUGCUAUGCCCCCAAACAGUGAGUGGUCAAACAACGGGUAUAUCAACUAACAUAGCAAAUAAAUGGGCAAACGAAGCCCAAAUUUAUUUUGCUAGAUACGAGGCAGUCUGCUCGUGCCGAUCGCUUACUCGACAAUGCAUAUGCUGCACCUGUUUGGCACGUGGCGAAGCCGCCAAGUGAAUCACUUCGUAACUCCAACGCUGCUGGUAUCAAGAACGCGCGCUUAAGCCAAGUUGGAGAAAUCGGUCCGACCCAGACGCUAUCCGGCAGGCCCGGCAUGAUGCGAAAAGGGCUCUACACGGAAGUACGGCGUAGCGAACAGCCACCGUCGCCGUUAUCAUCACCGCGAGCAGUGGUGAGACUAUACGCGCAAAGAUGGCGAGACUUCGGCAACCGCAUCGCCAAAACCGUCAGGAAAAGCGGAAGAGAUUGACGGAGCAGAAACUGACAGCGGGGAGUCUGGGCAUCCUUAGUUGGAUAUAACAAACUGCUCUUCCUAACGCCGAUUCAAACGGCAGUGUGUGGCCUCCAAGUUGUAUCGUAGCAUUAAGCACAACCUAAAAUACAUAACAAAUACUAUAUUCGUUUAAUUAACUUACCAUUUGAGGUAGAUGGCAAUGGAAUAAUUUCGGUCGAUGUAUAAGGUUUGGGUUGUGUCCAUUCUGCCUCCGUUUGACGCUCGUAUUUCUCCAAAUAACGCAUGCGUUUUCGCGAAAUAUUUGUAUCCUGGCUCGAAGACAUGAUGAAAGCUGGAAGUUAUAUAAAUUGCUCAAAUUUAAACACAGAACGUUAGAGAUAAUGCUGGAAAUGCGAAAAAAGCACUGCACACAAAAGCACUACACGACGCUGCACAAUUUGACAAUUGUUUACACAAUUUUUUGUUCACCAUCUAACAUUCACUUGACAUGUCAAAAAAUUGCAAGCCCCAAUGCGGGGAUCAAAAAGGGGGUCUGAAGGGAGAGAAAGUGAUGAGAUCGAAGCGGUACGAAAUUACCGUUGCAAAACCGCACGUUCGGAACGCUAAGUCCCAGAAGCCCAGAGCUACGAAUGUGACAGAGAGGGCAUGAGAAAAUGAGUGAAUUUGAGUGCCAUUGUCGGGAGGGGAGCGCUUGAGUAUACCAGUCCGGCAAAAUGAGUGUAUUUUUUUAGUGAUUUGAGUACCGUCCCCCGUUAGCAGUUACUCUUAGAGGAAUGAGUUACACCCUCGCGCGAGCCCUCCCCCUCCCCACCCGUAACGCACGGUGCGCUCUGCAGUUCUCAAUGUGUUGUGUUCUUUCCAAUCAUGCUACCAACACAUCCAAAGAUAUUUGUUUCUUUCGUUUCUCGUUUUCUUUCAUGCAUUGCCACGAUCGCAAAUACGCACUUAUUCUAACAAGAAACACAAACACGGUCAUUUUUUAUUUCAUUAAAAACUUUAUUGAAACAUAAAUUACACUUUCACAACACAUCCUUCAUACUCACGUGGGAAACUUGUCGACAAUCUGCGUUGCCUCUGUUCAGCAAAUUCUUACCUGUCGAUGCACGCACUGCAUGUGCGUCUGUACACACUGUUCACUUCACACUUUAUCAAAACACACCGGCGCACGAGACUUAUAACGAAAUGUGCAUCAACGCACAAACACUGCGCGCGGGACUUAGAACAAAACACGCACAACCAUCUCGCGUCGCGCUGUACUGAUGGUUUUGUACGCGUAGGAGGGGGGACAUACGGAGCGAUGGUUCGAUGCUGUAGUGUAAGCGAGACAACACGAUGUGACGAGCAGCUCCAAGUUGAGCUCGCUGAAAGAAGACACACACACAUAUUCACAGACGGCUCGUCAAAGCACGGUAUUUGUAUUGGUGUUAGUGAAGCGCGCGUGUAACACAGAAUGCGAACUCUCAUCGCAGCGCGUUUCUCCUUGCUUCCUCAAGCUUCCUCAUACCCCUCGGCCUGAAUCACUCAACAUUUGGGGUCUCAUUGUUUGCGUGGUAUUCUCUCAGAAUUGAGUAUUAGCAGGUCAACCCGUGCAGUGAGAAUGUAUGUGUUAAUGUGUAGCGAAAUUUGUCUCUGUAUCUCAUUCCCCCACUCCCAAAAAACCACAUUCACUCUCCGCGCACUCUUACAAUUUCGGCGCGCACGCUACGUACAACACAACGACCUUUUGUAGGUCGUUUUAACCGAGCGCACUGAUCAAAGUCGCGAUGGUUCAAUCGGAACGCCGACACUCCAAAUCAGAGAUUUAGUAUGAAAGAAAAAGUUUUUCUGACCAAAUCGACAACACACACGCGAUGACACACAUCGUCACAUCGACCGACGUCGAUGGAAGUGAGUGAUGUUCUAAAAAUAGAUCUGUUGGGCGAGUGAUAUGAGGGAGGGAGGAGAGGGGCGUAGAACAGAACAUAAGCGUGAGUGAGUCGUCGCGUGUGUGUGUGGUGACACUCGAGAACUCAUUUUUUGCUUUUUCCUGAAACCCACAUGUUCCACAUUUUUCUGAUUUUAAGCAACCAAAGUAGAACGGGAAGUAGAAGGCUACUUCAUAUUCUAUUUUCCUUACUACUUUCGAGCGUUUUGAAUCGUUUGGGAUAUAGCCCGCUGUAUGGUUUUCUUCGCAAUUCGCACACUUCAGUUUAUGUUCUGGUACUUUAUCAUCACUCGACGAUGUACCCGCGGUGUUACGAACAGAGUUGAGCGGCACUGACAGCAUAGGAUAGUUAGAGUGAUACGAUAGGUUUGAGAGAUCAAAGUCGUGUAAUGUAGAGGAAGGAUAAACGGCCAAAACGGUAAGAAAAGGUAAGAUGAAAAGAGGAUGGCGGUAAAAGGGGAAAUUAUAUAUAGGACCUCCACCAACGUCCUUUUCGGAUCGAAUCUCUGGGCAAAUAUAUUGUAAUUUUGGCGCUCGCCUCAAGCUGCCUAAAAUAGUCUACGACUGGCAGAAAUUUGAACAACAUCCGAAAGCAGUUAUAACAUUCCAAAAUUACUGUAGUUGUGAAGAAACCCGCUGAGUAUUUGUUUGUGAGUGCAGUUCAACGGAAAAUGUUCGGUGUUACGUCCAGCCAGCAGAAGGAAAACCGAGAGGUUGCCAGUUCGAUGGUGAGGCAAGAGAGUGGCCAAGUUGAAGCGGUCGUGCCGCGAAGCAACAAAGUCGUUGGUGGAAUGGUGAGCGGAGGUUUUCCGACUGCGGAAGGGUUAUCGAACACGGAAUCGAACACGGCACAGCCGAAUGGCCCACGGAACGAGGCGGAUUUGCGAUCACCGUUGCGCAACCGUGGAGUGCAUUGCGACGCCAGAGGAGUCAGUUCUUUUGAUUGAAGAGGAGUCAGCAGAAAUGUAUGUGACGGAAAAACGCACCGCCGUUCCUAAUGCACAUCAUUCUCGGCGCGCCGAGAUUUUAAGAAAGAGAAUUGAAGUGGAGAAGCAGCAGUUGAAGUUGCAGAUUGAAGUAUUGCAGAUUAAAGUUGCAGAUUGAAGUAAAGCAGAAGAAUGGCUGCCCGCUACCGAUCACUGUGGCGCAAACUCGGCUCCGGGUAUGGCACCCCCUACCCCAUGUUUCGCUAGCACCGCCAACGCACCACGAAUGGUAUAUCAGGAUCAUCCCCAGGUUCCUGACUAUAUUACCUGGAGAAAGUACCAUGAUGAGGCGCAUAGAAGAACUUCUUUCCAAAUGCCGCCGAGUUAGCGCUCUAGAACUUACGCUGGCACCACCAUAUAUUCAAGCGCUAACCUCACACAAUUGCAAAUUUCGGCCCGACAAGGUGCGGUUGGAAAAGAACUACCAGUAUUCAGUGGUGCGGUGGAAAAGUUUCAUUCGGAUGUUUGAGCGAUUGACGGAGUUAUGUGGUUUUUCAGAGGCACAAAACCUACUACGACUUCAGCGAGCGUUGAUCGGAGAGGCUAAAGAAAGUGUUGGAUAUUUGCUGCUAUUGUCCGAUGGGCUGAAUGAAGUGAUGGAAACGCUGGAGGUGCAGUUCGGUCGUCCCGACCAGAUAAUCGAAGCAAUGGUUGAGAAAGUGAGAAGAAUGCCGGCUCCUAAUCCAGGUUGUUUAAGGUCCCUCGAGAAAUUUGGGUUUUCUGUGCGAAAUAUGUGCGCGACAAUAGAGGCUCUCAAAUUACCCGAAUAUGCAUACGAUGUUGCACUACUACGUGAGCUCGUUUUGAAACUACUAUCGGAAGCCGCACUUGAUUGGGCACGGUACAAACGGCAGCUGCGGUUUGUAAGUUUGUCAGAAUUUGGGCACUGGAUUAGUCAAUUGGCACGCGACGCUAGCGACGCUAUCGUAGACCCUCCUAGUCGUAACGCAAACGAGCAGCGGAUUAGUACGGGAAGGCGGCAGCCAUCUCAAGACUUUCGUUCACAAAAUCAUCAACCGUCUCGUCAGCCUCCACGAAUUCACCCACCAGCGAUUCGUGCACCUCAAACCGCCAACUGGAACACACACACGACAGGCGCUCAAGUUGGCAAUUCGAUACGGUCACCACAAACGUCAUCGGGAGAAGGUUCAUCGGGCGUACACAUCCACUGCAAGUUGUGCAAAGGAACGUGACAAUUUUUAUCUAACUGCUGUGCGUUUUUACAGUUUUCGGUAGCAGCACGCAUAGCGUUCGUUCGCACAAGGCAGCUUUGCAUGAAGUGCCUAGUUGCCCACCAGACACCUUGUCUUAUAACUGCUCUUUGCGGAAUGGAUAGGUGCGAAGCCGUGCACCAUGCUCUGUGUUCCGGUAUAGGCGCCCAGAUCGUCAGUGGAACUCUGCAGCACGCAUUCAGGUACCGAGGAUCGAGUUUUAUUGAAAUACCUGCCAAUUAAAGUGUACGGACCUCGUGGCUCCGUAGACACCUAUGCGUUUAUAGACGACAGAUCGUCGGCAACGUUUAUGGGCAGCGCGCUUCUAAGCGAAGUUGGAGUAACUGGUACUCCCUUCCCCUUUGCCUGCAAUGGACUGGGGGAGUGACUCGACAGGAAAAUGAUUCAGUAAGGCUGAAAAUCGUUGUAUCUGUAAAGAACGAAAACCGUUAAUACGAGUUACAUAACACCAGAACGGUAAAUAAUCUGGCCUUACCUAAACAGUCGUUGCUAGUGCCCCAGUUGACUUCUAGUUACGAGCAUUUAAAGGGCCUUCCGACCGACUCAUACGCCACCAUCCAGCCACGAAUUCUUAUAGGAAUUGAUAAUUGUCACGUGACCAGACCACUCAAUAGCGUUGAAAGAAGGUAUAAUGAGCCCGUUGCCUCCAAAACUCGGCUAGGAUGGGUUAUAUACGAUUCCUGUCCAAUCGCCAAGAACGUCCCAGGUGCGACAUACUUGAACUUUCAUGUGCGCUCGUGUGAUGGAGUAAGUGAAGAGCUACAAAAUACAGCGUUGAAGAAUCAUUCUGCACUAGAAAUCAUCAGAGCCGAAAGACCGUCUAAAGAGAGGCGGUGUAGAGAAGAUGCAAUGUUGACCCAACAGGAGCUAGCGGAUGCAGAAAAUACUUUGGUUAAGCAUAUCCAACCGGGAGCAUACUCACGUGAUAGCUGUAGUUCAAUGCGUCAAACUGAGAUCGUUCAUUCCAGGCGUAGCGAUUCGGAGAAGGACAGUUCGCUUCACACCGUCCUCGACGGCCGAGGGCUACUGGUAGUGGACGGGCGUUUGAUCAACACCAGUGUACGCAACCCGCCAACGAGUGGUCUAAUCAUAUUGCUUUCAAAACAUCGUGGUACACUUAUAUUAAUCCUUGAGUUUUGUGGUCGUUUCAGGCACCGCAACGAUAUUUCUGUCAUCAACGAAGUCCGUCCGCGCUUCAGAAUACCGCGGUUGCCGAAAACGUGUGCGGAUGCCACCCAAAGCUGUCGGAUCUACCGCAUUCGGGAGGCCAAGCUCGAUCCCCCGAUCAUGGAAAGUCAACUGGAUCCCGGAACUUUGAUGAGACAUCGAGCAUUCAUGAACAUCGCGAUCGACCACGUCAGGCCCAUUUGCGCUUCGAUAGGAC